AUGGAGCCCUUUUGUGGCACAUUGAGUAUCGUUGCUGGUGUUGCCAGCAUAGUCUCCGUCAUUGGCAAAUCGGUCGCCACCUUGACGCAACUCCGCCAGAGGUAUCGGGAGGCGGAGCUCAAUAUCAGUCUUCUAACAGGCCAUCUUCGAACAGUGCGGACUGCCCUCCUUCAAGUCCAGAACUGGGCGGAAUGUCUCUCUGGCGACUCUCAGCAUUACCAGCUGAUGAUAGACCUCGGAGACGCCAUCACCCAUUGCAAGUUACUGGUCGAAUACAUCGACAACCAGAUAUCAAAAUUCCAAUGGGAUGACGAGGAGGAGCUUCUGAAGGUCGGCAGCAAAGUUCUCUAUCUUCUCGAGGACCAGGCUACCAAAGACUGUCUCACCCGCCUAGAUCAUCAGAUUAAUGCCCUCAAUCUGUGCCUGACGGCGUUCCAAUGUCGGACACCGACCGAUCAGAAACGUUUGCUGGUGAGAGAUGAAAGCAGAAAAGUCUUCAAUCGAGCCAAAGACGAUGCCACGUCUCUCGUCGGCUUCCGCGACUCUGCCUCAUUCGCCACGUUCAAGACAGGUCUUUCUACUGCCUCGAAACUGUCAAGGACGUUUGACUUUGACGGUCUCCUUCUUCGACAUAGAAUCUAUCAGAACACUUUUCGGUCUAUGCUCAGGCGUGCCAACAGCCCCACAGAAGAUCGGGCUGGGGAGAAAGGCCAACGGCGGGCCCUCUCCGACACGCCUCUUUUCCAACUCAAGAGCACUGCCCGCGACUCAGCCAAGAUCGACUUGAGGCUUAAACAAGACGCCCGCAAGUUGAGUAGAGAAGUCAAGAUCCUUGCUGUCGGAGACAAACAUGGGAGAUCCGCCGUCGUCAAGCAAAUGCGGCAACGAUAUGGACAGCCAUACUCCGAGUCAGAAGUCGAACAGUAUCGUCAAUUAAUCACAUGUCUUUCCCUCAAAGCUCUUGUGGCCAUUUUGGACUACGUCAAAGAUAUUGGUAACGGCCUCGUCAGUCAAGCCAGCAGAGAUCAUGCGGACAUCAUCAGAGACUUUGCCGAGUCAGGGGGACCCGAUUGGAAAGUCCCUGUGGGACUCGCAGGAUCCGUCAAACAUAUCUGGAACAAUUGGCACGUUCGACAAGCUUUCUCGGUGAUGCAGCAACAUGGACAGACUGCUUACUACCUCAGCGCGAUCGAAAGGAUCUGUCAGGCCGACUACACCCCUAGCAAUAUGGAUAUCAUCCAAGCCCCCGAAGCAAUCGAUACUAUGAAAGAGACGGAACUCACGAUGAACUCGUCCACACUGCGCAUUAUCGAACUCAAGGAACAAUCUGCGAUGAAGAUCAUCUCGCAAUUCGCAGACGUCCAGUUCUGUCUCUUUGCCAUCGAUCUCACUUGCUAUGAUCGAUAUCUUGAUCACACGCACAGGUCGAAUGUGCUACUGGAGAGACUGCAAGACCUCAAGGUCAUUUGUCGGUCGGAGUACUUCUCCAAAAGCAUCAUCUUGCUCGUCCUGACCAACGCAGCAGCCUUCAAAAAACGUAUUGCAACGUCGCCGAUGAAGUCUCACUUUGAGGACUACAAGGGUGGCAACGACGUCAACGCUGCCACGAAGUAUAUUUUGAAGAGGUGCAAACAAGCCAACAAGUUGGACCUGCCCUUGUUCUGGCACAUUUACGAUUGUGCUGUGGAUCAGGGUGAAGCUGAAGCAAUGGAUCACUUCUUCAUGCAGUCUGCGGCAAGCAUCUCGGCUGUGUCCUGGCUGAGGGAAAUGGGAAUCGGGUCGCCAUGA